AUGAUGCUUUUCAACUACCUCCUCGUCUUUCUCCUUCCCCUCCUCGUCACCGCAAUCCCACACUCCACCCCCGAUGAUUCCAAUAACACCGACACCGACAUUGACACCAACGCCAACGACAUCCUAACCACCACCUCCAUCUUCAGCUCCACCAUCUCCACCCUCAAAGGCCUUGACCUCACUUCCUGCUCGCUCAAUACCACCACUCUCAACAUCAACUACAACCUCACAGCUCUCCCCACCCCAGCCACCAACCUCACCCUCCAGCACGUUGCCCUCGGCCGAGGAACUCAAAACUACACUUGCUCUUCACCUCAGAACACCACCAGCAAACCCACUUCCGUCGGCGCCCUGGCCACCCUCUUCGAUGCCUCCUGCAUCGCCUCGGUCGACGAGGAGCUCCUGCACCACCUCCCUGCCCUCGUGCAAGGCAUUCCCCUCGAAACGCUGGACUUCCUCGCCACGUUGAUCAGCCUGGCUGGUGCGGGAGAGGGCAUUCUCGGCGAACAUUGCUUUACGGGGAAUGGGCAGCCGUCCUUCGAUCUUAGGUUUAGUGGGGAUGAUGAUUGGGCUACGAUGAAGAAGGUUGCUAGUGCUAAUGCCCCGAAAAGUGUGGAUGUGCCGUGGCUUAAGUUGGUGGAGAUUGAGGGAGAGGGGAUUAAGGAGGUGUAUCGCGUUUAUACGGCUGGUGGUGUUAGUCCGGCUACCUGCGAAGGACAGGAGGGCGAGUUUGAGGUGGAAUAUGCGGCGGAGUAUUGGUUUUAUGGAUGA